CAAAUGAAACUUGAGAAUGAGACUUGACAUUCCAUUCUUCUUAUAACACACAAACAAACUCUGCAACCGCCAUGCACGCUGUUUCGUUUACACUGUCAUAAGCCAUAUAGCCGUAGGAAAGCAGCUAGUAUCUGUCUCAAGAAUACAUCUAUUAUUUUCUUACCAUUUUGAUUAGAUAAAGUCAUAUAUUAUACUUUUAUGAAUGAUAAUGAUAUGAUGAUAGUGAUUCAACAAACUUGGAUGAAGGAAGGAUGCAUCUUUGACUCUCAACAUGAUGAAAGCAAAAGAAAAUUAACAGAAGCGUCGCAUGUCAGAAUUUUGUCGCCCUAUCUUAGACAAACAGCCGUCUUUCAAGGCUUACGUAUCAGCAUGUAGUAUUUAUAUAACCGUUUUUUUCCCUUUCUAACUGUUUGAAAAGAAAAAUAUUCCGCAUGCUUAUUCUCCUCGAGUGAACAACCAUUAUAGCUGCAAAUUAAACAGAGAGAGAGAGAGUACUGUUAGAGACAAUAGAACACGCUCCUCCGACAUUAACAGACAAACCUAAUAUCCUAAGGUCCCCAGCAUUCUGCUACACACUAUUUAUUUUCUAACACUCCCUUCACCUCCCUUAUAAAACCACACUUUCCCUUUCUUCAUUUUCAUCAUCACAACCACACAAAACUGAGCAAUAAACCUGAAUUUGCUUACUUUGUUCUAUUCCACUAUUUCAGUUUACAACAAACACCAUGUUCAAUCAAGAGAAGCUAGUGCAUUAUCAAGUGGAACAACCAUCAUGGAGCUACUACAUGACAAGAGUAACAAGGACAAUGGAGGAAGAUCAAAUGGAGAGAAUCAUGAGAUUAGCUGCACAGAGUGCUGUUGUGAUAUUCAGCAUUGGUAGUACUAGUUGUAUGUGUCAUGCAAUGAAGAGCUUGUUUAGUGGAAUGGGAGUGAAUGCAAUGGUUCAUGAAUUUGAUCAAGAUCCAAAACCAUUCAUGAGGUUACUUGGAAAUUCAACAUCACUUCCAGUUGUUUUCAUUGGUGGAAAAUUAGUUGGUUCUAUGGAUACAGUUUUGGCUUUUCAUAUCAAUGGUUCUCUUGUUCCUCUUCUCAAAGAUGCUGGUGCUUUGUGGCUUUAAUUAGAUUCUAAAUUUAAUUUCUUAGUUAUAAUAGUCAUUAGAGUUGAAAUUAAUUAGUGAUAAUGAUUUCAAGCUUAAUAACAGAGAUAUUAACAUAAUUAAGCACUGACUUAAUGUGUCGUAACUUCUAAGGAACUGGCAAUGAUAUAUAUGGGAAAGAAUAUUUGGAAUUCUGUGGAUUUUCUUUUUACUUUAUUAC